CUUCUCUUUCUCCCUGCACCCAUCUUCCCUGCCACUUUUACAGUAGGUAUAUUGGGCCCCUGGACAUGUGACCCUAUCUUUUCUCGGGCCUACCCACACUUGGCUGCCCGACUGGCUGCUACUCGCGUGAACCGUGACCAAGCCCUGGAAGAUGGUCCCUGGUUUGAGGUCAUCCUGCUUCCAGAGCCAUGUCAUACCUCAGGCUCCCUGGGGGCCCUAUCUCCUUCGUUAGCCCGUGUCUCUGGUCUAGUGGGCCCUGUGAAUCCAGCUGCAUGCCAUCCUGCUGAACUGUUCGCUCAAGAAGCUGGGGUCCCCCUGGUGCCCUGGAGCUGCCCCCAAGGGGAAGCUCGAACCACAGCCCCUGCCCUUCCCUUAGCCCCUGAUGUCCUUUAUGUCCUGUUGCGAGCAUUUCGCUGGGCCACGGUAGCCCUAGUCACUGCCCCACAGGACCUGUGGGUAGAGGCUGGCCAGGCUCUUGCUGGGGGCCUCCGGAGGAAAGGCCUGCCUGUAACCAUGGUGACCUCCUUGGAGACUACAGACCAGGAAAGUGCCAAGAAUGCCCUUAAAAGAAUUAGAGAUGGACCCAGUGUCAAAGUGGUGAUCAUGGUGAUGCAUUCAGUUCUACUGGGUGGGGAAGAGCAGCGGUUCCUGUUGGAGGCUGCCGAGGAACUGGGCCUAGUAGAAGGCACAAUGGUGUUCCUUCCCUUCGACACUCUGCACUAUGCCCUACCCCCGGGCCCUGAGGCCCUGAGGCCCAUCAACAACAGUUCCAGACUCCGAAAAGCUCAUGAUGCAGUGCUCACUCUAACCCGCUACUGCCCUAAAGGGAAUGUGUCAGCUAGCUUACGGCAGGCCCAGGAGCAACAGGAGCUUCCGCUGGACCUUAAACCCCAGGAGGUAUCCCCACUCUUUGGCACAAUCUAUGAUGCUAUCUACCUGCUGGCAGGAGCUGUGGUAGGAGCACAAGUAGCUGGGGGUGGAGGAUGGAUCUCUGGGGCAGCAGUGGCCCGACACAUCCCCAAAACUGAGGUCCCUGGCUUCUGUGGAGAUGUAGGAGGGGCAAAGGAGCCUCCUUUCGUGCUACUGGAUACAGAUGGGGUGGGGGACCAGUUACUCCCCACAUAUACACUGGAUCCAACUCAGGGUGUCCUCAACUAUGCUGGUAAUCCCAUCCACUUUCCUCAUGGUGGCCGGGGGCCUGGUCCUGAUCCUCCUUGUUGGUUUGACCUCAACGUGAUCUGCAGUGGAGGAAUAGAGCCCAGGUUCAUCCUUCUUGUCAUCCUUAUCAUUGUUGCUGUGGGGCUGGUGGUCACCACACUGGCCUAUUACAUUCGACACCAGCUCCUCCAUGCCCAAAUGAUCUCUGGUCCCAACAAAAUGAUCCUGACUCUGGAGGACAUCACUUUCCUUCCUCGGCAGGGGAGCAAUUCCCGAAAGGUAACAGAGGGGAGCCGGUCAAGUCUGGCUGCCCACAGUAUAUCUGACAUGCGUAGCAUCAACCAGCCCCAAGAUAAUUCUAAUAUUGGCAUGUAUGAGGGAGACUGGGUUUGGCUGAAGAAAUUUCCAGGUGAUCAAUAUACUGAAAUUCGUCCUGCAACCAAAAAGGCCUUCUCGAAGCUACGGGAGCUCCGCCAUGAGAAUAUAGCUCUCCUUGCAGGGCUUUUCCUGGCUGGGAAUUUGGAAGGGUCUGGAUCAGGAGGGCCAGGAGGAGGCAUCCUGGCUGUGGUCUCUGAGUACUGUACUCGAGGAUCCCUCCAAGAUCUGCUCACUCAGAGAGACAUAAAACUUGACUGGAUGUUCAAAUCCUCCCUCCUGCUUGAUCUCAUUAAGGGCAUACGCUAUUUGCACCAUCGUGGGGUUGCCCAUGGGAGACUCAAGUCCCGGAACUGUGUGGUGGAUGGGAGAUUCGUGCUCAAGAUCACAGAUCAUGGUCACGGGCGGUUGCUGGAGGCUCAGAGAGUGUCCUUGGAGCCACCCCAAGCUGAGGACCGCUUGUGGACAGCCCCUGAACUCCUGCGGAACCAGACUUUGGAACGACAGGGGACUCUGCAAGGAGAUGUGUUCAGCGUGGGCAUCAUCAUGCAAGAAGUAGUUUGCCGCUGUGAGCCUUAUGCCAUGUUGGAGCUGACCCCAGAGGAGAUUGUCCAAAAAGUGCAGAGCCCCCCACCAAUGUGCCGACCCUCAGUGUCCAUAGAUCAGGCUCCCAUGGAAUGUAUCCAGCUCAUGAAGCAGUGCUGGGCAGAGCAGCCAGAACAAAGGCCCACCAUGGACACAACUUUUGACUUGUUCAAGAACAUCAAUAAGGGACGGAAGACAAACAUCAUUGAUUCCAUGCUUCGGAUGCUGGAACAAUAUUCUAGCAACCUGGAAGAUCUGAUUCGAGAGCGGACAGAGGAGCUAGAGCUUGAGAAACAGAAGACAGACAAACUUCUCUCUCAGAUGCUACCCCCGUCUGUGGCUCAGGCUCUGAAGCUGGGGAUCCCAGUAGAGCCUGAAUAUUUUGAGGCGGUCACGCUGUACUUCAGUGACAUUGUCGGUUUCACUACUAUCUCAGCCAUGAGUGAGCCCAUUGAAGUUGUCGAUCUGCUUAAUGACCUCUACACACUUUUUGAUGCCAUCAUUGGUUCCCAUGAUGUCUACAAGGUGGAAACAAUUGGUGAUGCCUACAUGGUAGCUUCAGGGCUGCCAAAGCGAAAUGGGCAGAGGCAUGCAGCAGAGAUUGCCAACAUGUCAUUGGAUAUCCUCAGCUCCGUGGGCUCCUUCCGCAUGCGCCAUAUGCCAGAGGUUCCCGUACGCAUCCGUAUUGGCCUGCAUUCUGGCCCAUGUGUGGCUGGAGUGGUGGGUCUCACCAUGCCUCGUUACUGCCUCUUUGGAGAUACGGUCAAUACAGCCUCUCGAAUGGAGUCCACAGGACUACCUUAUCGAAUCCAUGUGAAUAUGAGCACGGUGAAGAUUCUUCAGAGUUUGAAUGAGGGCUUCCAGGUAGAAAACAGAGGCAAAACAGAACUCAAGGGAAAAGGCAUAGAAGAUACCUUCUGGCUUGUAGGGAGAAAAGGGUUUAACAAACCUAUUCCUAUCCCUCCUGACCUACAGCCAGGGGCCAGUAACCAUGGCAUUAGUUUACAAGAGAUCCCUGAAGAGAGAAGGAAGAAGCUAGAAAAAGCACGCCCAGGGCAGUCACUGGGAAAAUGAGGCUCCAAGAAGAGGUGAUUCCUUCUUUCCUAAACCACAUGACUCUCCCCCAUCUAUGGUAUCCCCAGCUGGAGUCCUCUCCACAAAUGCUUCCUUUGUGGACAACCUGGAAUACA